AUGGACUCUCAGGACGCGGAUGACAGUAAAGGUAUCUCCACCUCUUUCGAUUGCAUUCCUCAACGAAUAUUAUUCUCAGAAAUCAGUAUCAAUACGCCGAUCAAAGCGAGCUAUCGCGUCAAACUACGCGUAGAUAACGCCGAUAUUGCUCUCACGAAGACUAGCCCUUCAACAUGGAACUUGUCCAACAGCACAGACGUCACAGAAUCGUCCAAAGUCACGGUAACCUUAAAGACGGGCCAUAGAGUGGCCGGAACCUCCUCGGGACGAGAAGAAACUGUAGUGGAGAUUAGUAUUCGGGACGCGAUUAGAGAGUUUUUAGAUACAAUGGGCUCCGAGAUCUCAGUUUCUGGUAGUUUUUUCGAAGACCUGAUCUAUCAAUACUCUAAUGAAGCCAUAUAG